UUGUACGGGUGGGCAAUGUCCCAGUACAUGCCGUACGGUGGGUUCAACUGGGUUGAACCUACAUUGAAUGGAUUGAACGAUUUAGACGACACUUCACCCAUAGGACGAGUGUAUGAGGUGGACGUGUCGUACCCAAGACACUUGCAUAACGGGCAUAACGACCUGCCUUUCCUGCCGCAAAACAGCGUGCCUCGAGGCUCGAAGGUUAGGAAGUUGAUGGCGACAUUUGAGACGAAAAAGAAUUAUGUUAUACAUUAUAGGAACCUACAGCAGGCCAUUAAGAAUGGUUUGAUAGUUGAAAAAGUAAAUAUUUGUAUUUUAUAUGGUUUUAAACAGUACAUAGGGUUAUUCAGUUUAACCAGUCGGACUGGUUAG